CUUCCCGGAACUGGAACAACUAUCCAAUUCCCAUUCUUCUCCGGCGAAACUAAACCGGAAACGGCGGCCAUAUAGUAUGGGAAGGGUUCAUCUCACACUUGUUUCUUUAGCGUCUCUCUGUUUUCUCUGCAAUCUUGGAACGAGCACAGACAUUCUCAGACGGGGCGAUGUUGUUACUCCAAACACUACGUUAGUUUCCUCCAACGGGAACUUCGCGUUAGGCUUCUUCCGUCCCGGAAACUCAUCUUCUUCCUUUCUGGGGAUAUGGUACAACAACCUCAAAGACAGUAGUGUGAUUUGGGUAGCCAACAGAGAAUCUCCGGUGCACCAAGAUUCCGAAGAAGCUCGUUUCACAAUCGGUGAUGAUGGGAAUCUGCGCCUUCUCCACGGCGGCGGCGCAAGAAACAACACCAAAUGGUCGACAAAUGUCUCCGGUCCCGGCGGAAAUUAUUAUGCGGAGGCGCAACUGAAAGACACCGGAAACCUUGUUCUGAAGCACGGGAAAUACACUGUUUGGGAGAGCUUUGAUGAUGGCUACGGCGGCGGUGAUACAUUGAUGCCGGAGAUGAGACUAAAGGUAAACAUGAGAACCGGAAAACAAAACAUUCUCAGGUCUUGGACUAGCAGCGAUGAUCCCCGGCCAGGGAAAUUCUCGAUUGGGAUGGAUCCCAAUGGGGCUCCACAAAUCUUAAUUUGGAAACAAAACAAUAAUAUUCCUUAUUAUAGGAUCAAUUUGUAUGAGUAUGGUUAUUCUCUAUCCUGGUACAUUCCCAACCAGGGAUAUUCAGUAUAUUUAUCAUUUGCAGCACGAGAAGAUGAAGUUUAUUUCAGCUAUACGUAUCGGGACACCUCGGUCCCAAUCCGGUUCGUCUUGAGUCCCAACGGGUAUAUUCAAGUUCUGUUAAAGCCAGACAACAGUGAUGAAUGGGAGAAUAGGUUGCAGUUUCCAGACCCAACUCAGUGUGGAAUGUAUGGGAGCUGUGGUUCGUUUGGAAGCUGUAAGAAAAUCGGUUCUUCCCAUUCGGUCUGCACUUGCUUGGAAGGGUUUAAACCAAAAUCACAGAGAGAUUGGGAAAAUGGGAUUUACAGUGGAGGGUGUGUGAGGAGAAUAGCAUUGGAAUGCAAUGAAGAAGAUGACAAGUUCAUGAGGCUUGAGUGGAUGAAAUGGCCUGACCAUCAAAUUUCAUUGCGAAAUAAUAAUAUGACAUUUACUGAAUGUGAAGCUCAGUGUUACAGGAACUGUUCCUGCACCGCUUUCGCUUACACCAAUUUCAGCAGCGACAAAGCUUACACCAAUUACAGUAACGACAAUGUCAAUUGUAUAAACUGGUUUGGGGACUUGGUUGAUUUGGCUCAUAACAAUUCAGCUGCCAUUAGUGAUCUCCAUGUUCGAGUUCAUGCCUUUGAGCAAAAUAGAACUGAAAAUUCUGCACACAAAAGCAAACGUCCUUUACAUGUUGCAGUAAUAGUUUCUUUGGUCUUUGCAGCAGUCUUUCUUGUUGUUAUUAGUGUUUUGGGUUGUACCCUCAAACGGAGAUACGAUAGAAAAAAAGGUGAGAAGUCUACAUCAAUAGCCAGUCAAAAGUCAAAUGCAUCCCCCCUUGGAAAUGGAGAUGUAGAAUUGCUACAACUUUGUUUGGAGAGAAUAUUAGAUGCUACCGACCACUUCAAUGAAGCAAACAAACUUGGGGUGGGUGGAUUUGGUCCUGUGUUUAAGGGUUUUUUAUCUGAAUUUGGGAUGGUAGCCAUCAAAAGGCUAUGUAAGCAAUCGUCACAGGGCCUAGAGGAGUUCAUGAAUGAGCUAAAGCUAAUUGCAAAACUACAUCAUAAGAAUCUUGUUAGGCUUUUGGGUUGUUGCAUUGAAGAUGAUGAAAAAAUACUAAUUUAUGAGUACAUGUCAAAUCGAAGUUUGGACAAGUUCUUAUUUGGUGAGAAAGAUAAUUUAGAUUGGAACACACGCUUACAAAUAAUUGAAGGAGUUGCUCAAGGAAUUCUUUAUCUUCAUAAGUAUUCGAGACUAAAAGUCAUUCACAGAGAUUUAAAAGCAAGCAACAUUUUACUCGACGAAACAAUGAAACCGAAAAUAUCAGAUUUUGGGUUAUCAAGGAUAUUUGGACUUGAUCAAACUCAAGCAGAAACGAAUCGUGUGGUUGGAACAUAUGGCUAUAUGUCACCAGAAUAUGUAUUGCACGGACAAUUUUCAGAAAAAUCUGACGUAUACAGCUUUGGAGUUCUAUUGUUAGAAAUUAUUAAUGGCAAGAAGAAUUCAAAUUUUAUUCACCCUCAACUUUCAGUCUCCCUCAUCGGAUGGGCAUGGAAAAAUUGGCAAGAGGGACAACCAUAUGAAUUUGUUGAUCCGGCAAUAAUGAGAUCAUCAUACGACACUUUCAAAGUCAUAAGGUGCAUCGAGGUGGGCCUUUUAUGUGUCCAAGCAAUUCCAACAGAUAGGCCAACAAUGUUUGAUGCAAUUCUCAUGUUGACCAACCCUACUUUAGCAAUUCCACCACUUAAAGAACCAGCUUUUGUGACUACCAACCAUUCCAAUGCCAUUGUUUCUAUGUCUUACACAAAAUCAAGUGAUCAUUAUUCCAAAAAUGAGGUUACAAUUAGUGUUCUUGAACCGCGUUAAAUGAUCUCUUAAUUUGUAGAAGAAAUUUAGUUUCUUUGUAAAUGUUAGACCGGUGUGUAAUAGUUUAUAAAUUAAAAAAAAAGUUACAUCCA